AUGACACCCGCCGGGCUGCGCUCGCGCCUGAUGCUCCUGCUCUGCUUCCUCUCCACGGCAGCGUGCAAUAUGUUUGCAUUCACCGACGAGCCCUCUGAGAGAGCCGGGAGAGGAGACGGGUACUGUAGUCGGAUAUUACGGGCUCAGGGCAAUCGGAAGGAGGGCAACAGUGAGUUUCGCCUCCGCGUUGAGGGAGACCCGGAGAGCUACCAGCCAGGGAGCACAUACAGAGUGACUGUGAUUGCAUCCAGCCCCGCCUACUUCAGAGGGUUCACCCUUAUUGCCCUGAGGGAGGGAGCAGAAGGAGACAGGGACAAGGACUACGCUGGCAAUUUCCAGAUAAUUGAUGAGGAGGAAACACAGUUCAUGACCAGCUGCCCCCCUGCAGUGACAGAGAGCACUCCUCGUAGACGCACCAGCAUCCAGGUGUUUUGGACUGCGCCCCCCAGUGGCUCUGGCUGUGUCACCAUUAAGGCAAGCAUUGUACAGAAGAGGAUAAUCCAUUUCCAAGAUGAAGGCUUACUCACCAAGCGAAUGUGUGAGAAAGAAUCCCUAUAUGGCGACGUUACAGAUAAACCUCUGCUUGACUGUUGUGCCUGUGGCACAGCAAAGUACAGAGUCACCUUCUUUGGGAACUGGUCAGAGAAGAUUCAUCCCAAAGACUAUCCACGUCGUGCCAAUCACUGGUCAGCCAUUAUUGGUGCCUCCCACUCUAAGAGCUAUGUGGUGUGGGAAUAUGGUAGCGUGUCUAGCGAUGGAGUGAAACAGGUGGCUGAGCUGGGUUCCCCUGUCAAAAUGGAGGAGGAGAUCAGACAGAAGGGUGAUGACGUCCUGACAGUCAUCAAAAUGAAAGCACAGUGGCCCGCCUGGCAACCACAUAAUGUGCGGGCCGCCCCCUCAGCUGAAUUCUCAGUGGACCGGAGUCGUCACCUCAUGUCCUUCCUGACCAUGUUGGGGCCCAGUCCAGACUGGAAUGUGGGUAUGUCUGCUGAGGACUUGUGUACUAAGGAGUGUGGUUGGGUCCAGAAGGUCGUCCAGGACCUGAUCCCCUGGGAUGCAGGCACUGACAGUGGGGUGACGUAUGAGUCUCCCAACAAGCCCAUGGUGCCCCAGGACAAGAUCCGUCCCCUGACCAGUCUGGAUCAUCCACAAAGCCCUUUCUAUGACCCUGAAGGGGGCGCCAUCACUCCAGUGGCCAGGGUGAUGGUGGAACGCAUUGCCAGAAAGGGCGAGCAGUGCAACAUUGUGCCGGACAAUGUGGAUGACAUCGUAGCAGAUAUUGGACAGGAGGAGAAAGAGGAAGAUGAUACCCCUGAGACGUGUAUUUACUCCAACUGGUCUCCGUGGUCUGCCUGCAGUUCGGCCACUUGUGAAAAGGGCAAACGGAUGAGACAGAGGAUGCUAAAGGCCCAGUUGGACCUUAGUGUGCCCUGCCCCCACACCCAGGAUUUUGAGCCUUGCAUGGGGCCUGGCUGCAGUGACGAGGAUGCUUCAACCUGCAUGUUGUCAGAGUGGAUCACCUGGUCUCCCUGUAGUUUGUCCUGCGGGACGGGCACACGUUCCCGGGAGCGUUAUGUGAAGCAGUUCCCUGAUAAUGGCUCCAUCUGCACUCUGUCCACAGAGGAGACAGAAGACUGCGUGGUCAACGAGGAGUGCUCUCCCAGCAGUUGUCUGGUUACAGAGUGGGGUGAAUGGGAUGUCUGCAGCGCCACUUGUGGUCCGGGCAUGAAGAGGAGAGAGCGCAUGGUGAAGAUGCCUCCUGCAGAUGGCUCCAUCUGUGGGGCAGAGGUGUUAGAAGUGGAAAAGUGCAUGAUGCCAGAAUGUCACACCAUCCCCUGCAUGCUGACUCCAUGGUCUGACUGGAGCGACUGCAGUGUGACUUGUGGAAAGGGGUCGAGGACACGACAGCGCAUGCUGAAGUCCCCCGUGGAGCUGGGAGAGUGUACAGAAGAGUUGGAACAGGUGGAGAAGUGCAUGCUACCAGAGUGUCCCAUAGACUGUGUCAUGUCAGAGUGGACCGAGUGGUCCGAGUGCAAUAAGUCCUGUGGGAAGGGUCAUACGAUCCGGACACGCAUAGUAAACCUUGAGUCUCAGUUUGGAGGAGACACGUGUCCCGAGACCAUCCAGAGGAAGAAGUGUAAGAUCAGGAAGUGCCACCGAGGACAAGCCAACAGUGACGAGAAGAAACGACGCAAGGAACAGCGUGAAAAGAGGAGGAGCAAACAGGGCAGAGCCGAAGUCGCCUCAGAGCAUCCAGGGUGUAAAAUGAGGCCAUGGUCCAAUUGGACAGACUGUACCAAGCGGUGUGGUGGAGGUAUUCAAGAACGACUCAUGACAGUUAAGCAGAGGUUUAAGACUGCCCAGCUGUCCAGCUGCAAGGACAGGAAGGAGAUCAGGGCUUGUAAUGUGCAACCCUGCUAG